AUGAGCCCAAGCGCCAUGUCCUCCAGCAACGCCUCGACCAGUGUCUCCAUCGAUAAGUUCGAUGGGGAUAACUACUCAACCUGGUGUCGCUACAUGCGUGGCGUGUUCUUGACGAAGUCCGUCUGGCACGUCGUGAACCGCGAAACGUCUCCAACCUUCACUGACCCGCGAGCGUCAGAUGAGUACGUCAAGUCGAGCAACAUCGCGUUCGGGUUGAUGUUGCUGCACAUGGACGCGGGCUACCACCAUAUGGUCGACAGCUGUGAAGAAGCAUGGGCAGCGCGGUCGCGGUUGAAGAUGCUCUAUGGUGGGUCGCAGAAGGCGGGACGCAUCUACCUCAAGCGCCAGCUGUUCAGCAUCAAGAUGGCAGAAGGAGGCAACGUCUUGCAUCAUUGCAACGAAGUCCUGAACAUCAGCGCCAAGCUUCGCAGCAUCGGUGCCAAGAUGGAAGACGAAGACGUUGCGAUCUGA